AUGUCGAUGGAGACGUUUGAGAACGUCUAUAUGGAUUUCUCCAAAGCACCUGGUCGGUGCAGGUUUGCAGACUCGGGCCUAGGAUGGAAGCCUGCCGGCGGUGGUGAUACUUUUACCCUUACUCAGGAACAGAUGCAGCAUGCAUUUUGGAACCGAGCGGCACGAGGUUUUGAGGUAAAAAUAUACCGGAAAGACGCGCCCGUCGUGCAAUUUGACGGCUUCCAAGAAGACGAUUUUGACCGAAUCCAAAAAAUUUUCAAGAACUGGUAUCACAUUCCUCUCGACAAGCAAGAGCAUUCACUGCGAGGCUGGAACUGGGGCAGGGCAGAGUUUGGCAAGGCAGAACUGUCGUUCAACGUGCAGAGUAGAUCUGCUUUCGACAUACCAUAUACUGAAGUCUCAAACACGAAUCUUGCAGGAAAGGGCGAAGUGGCUGUCGAAUUCUCUCUGCCUGGUGACGGCGAAGAGACAGGCACAAAUGGCCACCUGGGCGGCGCUCGAGGAGGUGGCAAGAAAGCUGGAGCAGCCCGCGACCAGCUAGUCGAGAUGCGCUUUUAUAUACCAGGCAUGACCGCAGCAAAGACUAAGUCAGAAGAUGGCGAGGACGGCGAGGUUGACGAAGAUGCGGAGGAACAACAAGCCGCGGACGUGUUCUACCAGACUUUGAGUGAGAAGGCAGAGAUUGGCGAAGUUGCCGGAGAUACCAUCGCCACAUUCCAAGAUGUCCUACACCUUACGCCAAGGCAAGCACCCUUGCAUUGUUGCGUAGUUUGCUUCCGUCUGCGUGGCAAGACGUAUGAUUACAAGAUUCAGUAUGAUUCGGUAAAGAAAUUCAUGAUUCUCCCCAAACCGGACGAGAUGCACGUGCUUCUCACAAUAGGUCUGGACCCACCGCUACGGCAAGGCCAAACCCGCUAUCCAUUUGUGGUCAUGCAAAUGAACAAGGAGGAGGAAGUUGUACUGGAGCUAAACAUGAAGGACGAAGACUUUGAGCAAGAAUACAAGGGCAAACUCCAGAAAACAUAUGAGGCCCCUCUUCACAGUGUUGUUGCAGCAUUGUUCCGCGGCUUGGCCGGUAAGAAACUUACCAUGCCAUCAAAAGACUUUCAAAGCCACCACCACGCAUCUGGCGUUAAGUGCUCAAUCAAAGCUAAUGAGGGCCUGUUGUUUUGCAUGGACAAGUCCUUCAUGUUUGUGCCCAAGCCAGCUACGUAUGUCAAUAUGGACCAAGUCACACUGAUAACAAUGUCCCGCAUUGGCGGUGCUAUGGCAGCAUCUCGCACUUUUGAUAUCACGAUGGCUAUGCGUGGCGGCGGGGAAUUUCAAUUCAGCAACAUCAAUCGUGAAGAACAAAAGCCUCUCGAGGACUUCUUCCGCAUCAAGGGCCUGAAGAUUAAGAAUGAGAUGGCUGAAGAGGAGAAGAUGACGGCAGCACUCCUUAACGGCGUGGACGAUGAAAGUGAUGACGAAGUGGUCGCUGAUCGCGGCAGUGCAGACGAAGAUAGCGAGGAAGCAGAUGAGGACUUCCAGGAUGACGAAGAGAGCGACGUCGCAGAAGAAUAUGAUAGUCAACACGAGAGUGACGGGGAUAGUGAUGAAGAAAUGGGAGAUGCUGAUGCCGCCAGCGAAGAGGAAGAGGAAAGACCGAAGAAGAAGGCGAAGACAAGUGGAAAAUGA